AGAGGACAAGACACAAAGAGGACAGGACGCACAGAGGACAGGACAUAAAGGCAGCGGACUGUACAGUUAAUUCUGGGCCUCUUCUGAGGGAGGAUCUCCUGGAUCUACUGGAUCUACUGGAAAACAACCAAGAUUAGAUCAUCUCAGAAGAUUAAAACCUCCAACUGAGACUGACAGUUUGCUGCUAGCAGGAGGAAUCCACUAGCAAGUCAAUCAACAAGAAGCAAACGAAUCACAGACUGGGUUCUAUGGGAGGUCUGUUGUUUGUGAACGAUACAAAGAGGACCUGAUGAAAGAGAGAGGAGCCACUGCUCUGAGUAGCUGCGCCGUUGGUUUAACAGGAAGCUGACGGUCUAAAAGCUGCAGACCUCAGUAAGGACCAUCAGUCAGAGAAGAGGACAGAAUCUGAAUAGUUUAUCAGAGCUGAUUAUUAUCCCAGAGGACGUUUCUCUUCCCUUCUUUCUCUUGUUCUUCAGACAGUAUCUCUCCAUCUCACCAACCGAUCUCUCUCUGCCCUGCUAUCACUCAGAGAGACAAACACACUUACAGUCAGAACUGGCUAUGUCAGUGUCAAUGAAAAUGGCGAUGGAUGCACUGUGUGUGUCUGAAGGCGUUGGGUCGGGGGUCGGGAGUCGUGUGAGGUCCGACAGCACCUCCAGCACGGCGUCCCAAGGGUCAAAGGGUAGACUGCUGCUCCGACAGCGCCUGUCCCAGCUGCUGACCUGUGUAGAGGACCUGAGCUCUGAUGAUGAGGCUAACGAGGAACUGUCCCGCACUCUGGACGAAGCCUUUCAGCUCUGUGGACGCCCCCGAGACACCUUCAGGCUGCACAUGGUCACAUGGAAUGUGGCGACAGCAGAGCCUCCUGGUGAUGUCACUUCCUUGCUGCAGCUGGACGCCCAGCCUGCCACAGACCUCUACGUGAUUGGUCUUCAGGAGGUAAAUGCAGCUCCUCUGAGGUUUCUGUCAGACCUGCUGGUAGAAGACUCUUGGAGCCACCUACUGAUGAACACACUGGCCAGUAGAGGAUACAUCAAGGGUAAUAAGGGCGGUGUAUCAGUUCGCUUCUCCCUCUAUGGUCACAUGAUAUGUUUUGUGAACUGCCACCUGACGGCUCAUAUGGGUUACGCUCUGCAGCGCGUUGAUGAGUUUGAGUACAUUCUGGAGACUCAGGACUUUGACCUGGACAACACACCCACCGUCCGAGACCACGAGGUGGUCUUCUGGUUUGGCGAUCUGAACUUCCGUAUAGCGGACCAUGGAAUGCACUUCCUCCGAUCCUCCAUCAACAGCGGACGCUUCAACCUUUUGUGGGAGAGGGACCAGCUGUUAACGAUGAAGAAGAAGGAACCGUUCCUCCAGGAGUUUGAGGAGGGACCUCUGAAGUUUAAACCUACAUACAAGUUCAACCGCAACUCUGACACCUACGAUACCAGUGGUAAGAAGAGGAAGCCAGCAUGGACCGACCGCAUUCUGUGGCGCAUCAAACCCAAAUCCCCGCCCUCUGAGGAUGACGAGGAGGAGAGGGCGUCGACCUCCACACAGCACUCGGAUGACGGACAGGAGGAGUAUCCAAUCAAAGUGCUCCAGGACACCUACACCUGCGACCCCAACUACGGGGUCAGCGACCACAAACCUGUUAUAGGAAUCUUCAACCUGGAGAUGAGGAAGCGUUGUGACAGUGCGCUGGUCAGUGUGUGUCCAGAGGGUCAGUGGAGCGCUGACCAGGAUGCUGUGCUGUCCUACACCAUCCUUGAAGACUUCAUGUCCUCUACCUGGGACUGGGUAGGACUUUACAAGGUGGGUUUUAAGACUGCGUCGGAUUACGCUACCUUUGUCUGGGUCAAAGGUGAACUAGCAGAGGUCAACGAGGUCAUGCAGGUGUGUGUGAAUAAGGAUGACGUCCCACUAGUGGCUGGAGAGUAUGUUCUGGGCUACUACAGUUACAACAUGCAGAGCAUCGUAGGAUUCAGCCACAACUUCCAGAUUGUGGAGUCUAAGAGGGCUGUUACGGAGGGGAUGGUUCCACAGGAUGUCAACGGGUUGAACAAAUAAACAUUAACACCUCAUUGGCCACACACACACACACGCGCACGCGCACGCACACACGCACACGCACACGCA